UGACACUCUGAUAAACUCAAGUACUGCAGCUGGACGCCUUCCAAAUUCAGCUAUAACCCUGGAAGCAAUCAAAUGAGCAUUGUCUGAAAAGCAAUUACAUCUAGGAAUGCGUUGGGUUAAACAGCAAAGGUUAACCUUUUCUGAGGCAGUAGGAGAUACUGUUUAUGACUACAGGAAAGUGGAACCAAGCAAUGAGUCAAAAUGCCUGGUUUUGGCUCAGGUCGCCUAUGGUCAGUCUGGCGCACACAAAACAGUUGCUCUGUGCCUGUGUAAACAGGGCCAAAUUUUGGGAGCAAUGGGUUAUAUUCAGCAACUGGAGCAUUUUUCUUUAGAUGAUUACUUCUUUCUCUUGGAAAACCGUCCUAGCACUGCAUUAAUUUGCUGUCUCAGUCAACAGUGGAUUAGAAAACCACCAUUUUCAUCUAUGGAGGCUAUAAUCCUGUCUUUUUUCUCCGCUGAUCACAAAAAGCAUGGGUUUGAGCUAUUGGAGGACAUGAGCAAGAAAAAUGCAUUGGAACAGGUUAUUCUAAAUGAUACCAUCUGUACUUUGGAAGACUGGAAUAAGAUAGCAGUUGCUUGUGCAGAAAAUAAGCAUGAAAAGUUAUCUCAGAAAAUCGUGUCUUACCUCACCGGAUGGAGUGUUUGA